CUGCUUCCUUGCAGGGUGUCUUUUAUGAAUAAUCAAAAGCCGCAGAAGCCGACACUAUCGGGCCAGCGCUUUAAAACCAGAAAAAGAGAUGAAAAAGAGAGGUUUGAUCCUACUCAGUUCCAGGACUGUAUCAUUCAAGGUUUAACUGAAACUGGCACUGACUUGGAGGCAGUAGCAAAGUUUCUUGAUGCUUCUGGUGCAAAACUUGACUAUCGCCGCUAUGCAGAAACGCUUUUUGACAUCCUGGUGGCUGGUGGAAUGCUGGCCCCAGGUGGAACCUUGGCAGACGACAUGACACGCACAAACGUCUGUGUGUUUGCGGCACAGGAAGACCUAGAAACCAUGCAAGCAUUUGCUCAGGUUUUUAACAAGCUAAUCAGGCGUUACAAGUACCUGGAGAAAGGCUUUGAAGAUGAAGUCAAAAAGUUGCUGCUGUUCCUGAAAGGGUUCUCGGAAUCUGAGCGGAACAAACUGGCCAUGCUGACGGGUAUUCUGCUAGCCAAUGGGACACUUAAUGCGUCGAUUCUCAACAGUCUUUACAAUGAGAACUUGGUUAAAGAAGGUGUUUCUGCAGCUUUUGCAGUCAAGCUGUUCAAAUCGUGGAUAAAUGAGAAAGAUAUUAAUGCAGUGGCUGUCAGUCUCCGUAAAGUAAACAUGGAUAAUAGGCUGAUGGAACUCUUCCCAGCCAACAAACAAAGUGUUGAACACUUCUCCAAGUACUUCACUGAAGCAGGACUAAAAGAACUCUCCGAGUAUGUUCGGAACCAGCAAUCCAUAGGGGCUCGGAAGGAGCUGCAGAAAGAACUGCAGGAGCAGAUGUCACGGGGAGAUCCAUUCAAGGAUAUCAUCUUGUACGUGAAGGAGGAGAUGAAGAAAAACAACAUCUCGGAACAGACUGUGGUAACCAUAAUCUGGUCAAGUGUAAUGAGCACGGUGGAAUGGAACAAAAAGGAGGAGCUGGUAGCAGAGCAAGCCAUUAAGCAUUUGAAGCAAUACAGCCCUCUACUUGCUGCCUUCACCACCCAAGGUCAGUCAGAGCUGACUCUUCUGUUGAAGAUUCAGGAGUAUUGUUAUGACAACAUUCACUUCAUGAAGGCCUUCCAGAAAAUAGUGGUGCUCUUCUAUAAAGCUGAAGUUCUGAGUGAAGAGCCCAUCCUGAAGUGGUAUAAAGAUGCACAUCUUGCAAAAGGUUUUCUGGAGCAGAUGAAGAAGUUUGUUGAAUGGCUCAAGAAUGCUGAAGAAGAGUCGGAGUCUGAAGCUGAAGAGGGUGACUGACCUGUGAAACUCUGUGCUCAGUAAAACAAACAGGAGCUGUAGAUAAGUCUCGUGUUUCAUGUGUCCUUCAGAUUCUUACAUCCUACCUCCCUGUAUCAAGCAUGAUAUAAGGGCUUUCAUGGCAAUUUAUUUUAACUGUUUUCUAUAGUUAAUGAAAUACUGGGUUUAGUUUUUAAAGCUAUGCUCAAGUAGCUUACAGGAGCUGUGACAGAUUUGACUCUUAACCUGCAUUUGUCCUUUCAGUUACCUUCUACCUCCUGUAUUUUCUACUGUAAUCAUGUAAUUUUAAGGCCUUCCAUAGUGAAAUCCAGCUUA